UAAAUUCUUGCAAAUAAUAGUAGUUGCAUUCAACUGAAGAUGACUGAUAAGGAGAAGCCCAAAGUUGAUCUUGGUUUGCUGGAGGAGGACGAUGAAUUCGAGGAGUUUCCUGCUGAAGAAUGGGCGGGAACUAAAACGGAGGAGGAGGAAAUCAGUGUCUGGGAGGACAACUGGGAUGACGACAAUGUCGAGGAUGACUUUAGUCAACAGUUGCGUGCUCAGCUGAACAAUACAAGCAAGGAGGGGCAGUGAUUUUCAUUCUCAAAUAUAUUUCCUUUACAUUUAACAUAAAAAAAUAAAAAUUAAUGACAAAAUAAGAAAAGAUUUUUUAAUGAGUAUAGAAAGUGAGGUUAAGUUCACUGAAUUUUACAAACAACGCUGCGACUGAGCUGAAGUUUUAAUCUAGCGCAGGUUCUUUGUGACCACCCUGUGUUGUGAAAUUCUUGUAAAAACUUCAAAUUGCAGUGUAAACAAAGCGGCAACUGAAAUAUUUUCUUGAAAAAUUCUUUUGGAUUUCUUGAAAAGAAUUUUUAAUUGUUCUCGCUAAAACUUUACAAACAAAUCAUGGAAUCUGCUGAGCAAAUUCAAGCUCAAAAGAUAAUUGUAAUUCAUCCGGGUUCUCUGAAUUUGCGGAUUGGGAGAGCCUCUGAUCUCAAUCCUCAUACAAUUCUACAUGCUGUGGCACGUAGGAAGGGGCCAAAAGGAAAGGCCUACCGGGACACCAUUCUCCCUAAACUCUUAUCAAAGACGCCAGAAUUGCUGCAGGAAUUGGAAGAUUGUCGUCUUGCUGUUUCCCACACACUGCAAUCGUGUCUCCAGUCUGAUGGCAGGAGGAGAUACGCUACACCCCCACAGCAAAUAUCUGCCUUCAAUCGCCGCUCUACUCCGGAUGUUCUCAAUGAACCCUCAUCAGAUUGGUAUGAGCCAAAGGGGGAUACAGUAUUUGGGAAUUCUGUACUUAAUCUCGACCCGAAUGGGGACUUCAAUCUUCAUUUCCCUAUGCGUCGGGGAGAAUUAAAUAUUCACACGGACAUUGGGGGCUCUCUGACUUCCGUUCUGACUGAUCUUCAAGCCAUCUGGGAGUAUGUUCUCUCAGCUGUAAUGGAAAUUAAGAUUAGUGAUCUGUCUGCCUAUAAAGCAGUUCUAGUCAUCCCGGAUAUCUACAAUAGAGCAUAUCUCCGGGAGCUCAUGACACUCCUUCUCUGUCGAAUGGGAUUCAAGAGUUGCUUCCUCGUGCAGGAUCAUGUGGCAGCAACAUUUGGAGCUGGUUUAGGGUAUGCCUGCGUUGUGGAUGUGGGUGAUCAGAAGACAUCUGUUUCUUGUGUUGAGGAUGCCAUAUCUCAUCCCAACACACGUGUUCGCUUGGAAUAUGGUGGUGGGGAUGUGACACAGACAUUCUACUGGCUCCUCCAAAAAUGUGCAUUUCCCUACAAAAAUUGCAAAGUAAAUCUCCCCCAAGAUGCCAUGUUGCUGAAGAAGCUGAAAGAAGAAUUCUGUCAUGUAAAUUUGGACGUGUGUGGUUCAGAGGAGAAACACUUUGAUGCCAUUCAACCGGGCAGAGCUUCAGCACACAGAUACACUCUACAGGUUGGUGAUGAAGCUAUAGUGGCACCAUUGAGUUUAUUCCACACGGAACUCCUCAAUGUAACUGGAACGACAAAAUUAGCAAAGACUCAAAUUCCCUGGACAAAGCAGUACGAUCCGGAAGAUUGUUUCGAUGCGGAGUACCUCAAGGAAACCAGCAGACGCAGUGCUAAGGAACAACUUGAGCAAUCAACUCCGGAAUUUUUGCACAAUGAGAAUCCCGAUGAAGAAAUCGUCGUGGAUGAGGAUAAGGAGAAUAAUAAGCAAAUUGAGAAGGAAUUUGUGGUUCCAGGUGGUCAAAUUAUUGGUCUGGAUCAAGCUGUUUUGCAGAGCAUUGAACGAUGUCCAAAUGAAGAACUGAAGAGAAAAAUGUACGGAUGCAUUCUUGUCGUGGGAGGUGGUAUGAAAUUCCAGGGUAUUGGAAAAUGGCUUCAGAAUCGGGUAGCUCUACAAAUUCCCUAUCUCUACCGCUCAGAACAAUUGGACAUAGUCACAAGCCCGAAAGAUAUGGAUCCUGCUAUGACUGCAUGGAAGGGAGCAUCAGUUCUUUCUUGCCUCGAAAGUGCAUCGGAGUUGUGGAUUACCUCACAAGAAUGGCAAAAGUAUGGUGUAAAAAUUUUACGAGAAAAAGCUCCGUUUGUAUGGUAAAUAAUUCUAUUUCUUCAAUUUAGAAGAAAAAAUAAAUUUUAUUCUUAAGAUUUAGAAAGAAAUUAAUAAAAGUAAAAAUUGCUAAUCUAA